GCGAGCCCGGAAGCGGCCGGCCGGGCUGGAGGGCGCCGGGCGGGAGGCAGCGGAGCGGCGGGGGCUGCGCGCUGUCCACUCCGGGCUCGGGCCGCGCGUGUCCCGCAGCCAUGCACCCUCCGCCCCCGGGCCCGCUGGGCGACUGCCUGCGGGACUGGGAGGAGCUGCAGCAGGACUUCCAGAGCACGCAGGAGACCCACCGGCUAUACCGCCUGAAGCUGGAGGAGCUGACCAAGCUGCAGAGCAACUGUACCAGCUCCAUCACUCGGCAGAAGAAGCGGCUCCAGGAGCUGGCCCUCGUCCUCAGGAAAUGCAAACCCAGCCUCUCGUCGGGGGCGGAGGAGGCUGCACGAGAACUGGAGAACCAGAUCAAGGAGCGCCAGAGCCUCUUCUUCGACAUGGAGUCUUUUCUGCCCAAGAAGAACGGGUUGUACCUGAGCCUGGUCCUGGGCAACGUGAACGUGACUCUCCUCAGCAAGCAGGCUAAGUUUGCCUACAAAGACGAGUAUGAGAAGUUUAAGCUCUACCUCACCAUCAUCCUCAUCCUCAUCUCCUUCACCUGCCGCUUCCUCCUCAACUCCAGGGUGACAGACGCCACCUUCAACUUCCUGCUGGUCUGGUACUACUGCACCCUGACCAUCCGCGAAAGCAUCCUCAUCAACAACGGCUCCCGGAUCAAAGGCUGGUGGGUGAUGCAUCACUACGUGUCCACCUUCCUGUCGGGCGUCAUGCUGACCUGGCCCGACGGCCUCAUGUACCAGAGGUUCCGGAACCAGUUCCUGUCCUUCUCUAUGUACCAGAGUUUCGUGCAGUUCUUGCAGUACUACUACCAGAGCGGCUGCCUCUACCGCCUGCGGGCCCUGGGUGAGAGGCACACCAUGGACCUCACCGUGGAGGGCUUCCAGUCCUGGAUGUGGCGUGGCCUCACCUUCCUGCUGCCCUUCCUGUUCUUUGGACACUUCUGGCAGCUUUUUAAUGCGCUGACGCUCUUCAACUUGGCCCGGGACCCUGAGUGCAAGGAGUGGCAGGUGCUCAUGUGCGGCUUCCCCUUCCUCCUCCUCUUCCUCGGCAACUUCUUCACCACCCUUCGCGUGCUGCACCAGAAAUCCCACAGCCGGCGGCCGGGGAGCAAGAGCGAGUGAGCCCCGCCCACGCUGCCCGCCCUGAGGGGGCUUCAAUAAAGGGGACGCACGGAGGG